CCUGCCCAUGGUGGGCAGAGCUGGAUUCCAGGCAGUUCCAUCUGAUGCACGGAGGUCACGGGGCGAGAUGUAGACCCACGGGCUGGAACAGAGCGACAGGCUCUAACUGUGGACAGACUCGCUGUCACUCACACUUGCUACAGCAGUGCUCCAUGGGCCACACAGAGAGCGGGAGGCCCACCAACGCCUCCCGACCAACACCCCACCAGAGGCCUGCUGGAGGGACCGCGAGGGGCAGAAGCCCAGCCCUGGGAGGAUCACGGUGCCGCCUGUAAACCACCCCACCCCAGGGCCAAAUGCCUGCUCCGAUCUGCACAAAGCUGGAUGCGUUUUCCGUGUUCAGGGUUCCCUUUGGAGCCCCGGGUUGCCCUCGAGCACUAUCUAUGGAGCAAGAUAGAGCUGGACACAGCAAGUAACCUUGUUUGGCCGGCGCUGGGCAGAAAGGGCAGAAAGUUUCCCAGAGGGGACAACUUGGGAAAGUCGGAGAAAGUGUCACGGGCAAGGGAGCAUCGGAGCCGGGGCUUCGCAGGACAAGUAGGAGUUCGCUGCCCCGGCCUUCAACAUAUGGAGCCGGGGAGCCCCGGAGGCCUGGACUCCCGGCUUUCUAGAACGCUGCUCCUGCUGCUGCUGUCUACGGCCUCCGCCCGGGAGGUCACCCCCAACCGUGCCGCCUGCGUGGUGUCCCAUGCGGUCAACGGCACCUCCGUCUCCUGCCACCCCCCGGCCCAAAUCCCCCGCCGCUUCCCAGCCGACACCGUCUACCUGGUGGUGGAGUUCUUCAACCUCACGCGGCUGCCAGACGACACCCUCGGGGGCCUCGCUCGCCUCCAGGAACUGCACCUGUCCAACAACCAGCUGGAGAGCCUCUCGCCCACGUUCCUGCUGCCCGCACCUCUGCUUCGGGUGCUGGAUCUAACCCGCAACCGCCUGGCCCGCCUGCCCCCCGGCCUCUUCCGGGCCUUGGCUGCUCUCCACACCCUGGUGCUGAAGGAAAACCAUCUGGAGGCUCUGGAGCCCUCGUGGCUGCUCGGCCUGAAAGCCCUGCGGCAUCUGGACCUUUCCGACAACCGCCUCCAGAGCCUGCCCCCAGGGCUGUUGGCCAACGUCACCUCCCUGCGCAUCCUUGACCUCAGCAAUAACCGGUUGAAGGCUUUGCCCCCAGACCUUCUGAAAGGCCCCCUGCGGUUGGAAAGGCUGCAUCUGGAAGGCAACCGACUGCAGGUGCUUGGCGAGGGGCUCCUGGCACCCCAGCCAGACCUCCGCUACCUUUUCCUGAAUGACAACAAGCUGGCCACCGUGGCAGCGGGCGCCCUCCAGGGUCUGCGGCAGCUGGACUUCCUGGAUCUGUCCAACAACUUGCUUACCGGCGCGCCUAAGGGGCUCUGGACAUCCCUGGGGCAGCCCACCCGGGACAUGAAGGAUGGCUUUGACGUCUCUGGUAACCCCUGGAUCUGUGAUGGGAACCUGGAAGACCUCUACGGGUGGCUUGUGGCCAAUAAAGACAAGAUGUUCUCUCGGAACGCGACGCGCUGCGCUGGGCCUGAAGCCUGGAAGGGCCGGCUGCUGGUUGCAGCUGAGUCCCACUGAGGCCUGGGGCUGGGCUGGGGAGACAGGCCUGGGAGCACGCUGCUUGCUACUUGGCAAAGAAUUCACCUGCAGCUUUCCAGAGCUGCUGGCUGGACCCGCCUGGCCCGUGCUUCCCCAAACACAUCUUGGGCUCUCUGGCCUCCCGGUACCCUCUCCCAAGAAAGCCUUUCCCUGUUUUCCGGAUCUCUUGGCCUCCAGGCGCCCCCAGCCUGCACGGCCUCCCUCUGGCCCAGCCCUGGCCACACUGGGGUUGUCUCUGUCUGGCUCUGUCUCCCCCACUUUGAGGGGCUCUCCGAACGCAGGGCCUGCGGCUGGGGUGCCUUCUAGCCGGCAUCACUCAGUUUGGGGUCAGAACGGAGGGGUUAAUAAAUAACUGUGGAAAGGGACUGGGCGUGCUGGAAUUCAGUGUUACAAGCAUCUCCCAAGUUGACUUCCUAGGUCUCCAGGAGGAAGGAGAAGGAACGAAGAAAGAGGAGAGACCCAGGGCCUGGGGGCGCAGGACACAAGCUUCUAGAGCUUCUAAAGGGAUUGCAGUUGGGAUAUGAUGGCCUGUGGCUUCCCCCUCUCCCUCCCCCCGUCCAGGACUUAACUCCAAAUAAAACCCUGACCGUU